CGCCUCAUCACGUCUAUAAAUCACCACAACCCUGUCCUUCAACGUCAGCUGCGCAUUAAAUUUCACAUUUCUUCAACUUUAACGUUCACUUUUCUCUCUAACGUACACUCAAACAAUCUUGUUUACGAGAUUUAAAUCGACAAGUGAGGUAAAACUGAGAAAAAUGAAGGGGGGUGUGGUGGUGGACGAUGGCUUUAUCUAUGCACAAGAGACCCAUCUCACUGUGUUGAAGACGUCGCUGUUCUUCGCCAACGACGGCUUCACUGUUUACGACUGCAAGGGUGAGUUAGUCUUCCGAGUUGACUCGUACGGUCCCGACACUCGUGACAGAGAUGAAAUCGUUCUCAUGGACGCCCACGGCAAGUGCCUCCUCACUGUCCGCAGAAAGCGAGUUUCGUUAAUCGAUAUGGUGUUUGAUUUCGAUGAACAGAGGCCAAGUUUACAUCAACGGUGGGAGGGGUUUGUAGGGGAGAGAAUGGAGGGUCAGAAACCGAUUUUUAGCGUGCGUAGAUCGUCGAUAAUCGGACGGUCCAGCGUGACGGUAGAGAUUUACGAGAAUCCAGGUGAGGAGUACCAGAUCGAAGGAAACUUCGCUCAGCGCUGCUGCACGAUCUUCAAUGCGAUGAAGGAAUCAGUGGCUGAGAUUCGACGCAAAGUUGAUGCGUCAACGCAAGUAAUGCUUGGUAAAGAUGUGUUCUCAUUGCGGCUAAAGCCUGGAUUUGAUGGGGCCUUCGCCAUGGGAUUGGUGCUCGUGCUUGAUCAGAUUAACGGUGACGAUGAUGUGGAGGACAAUGGGGUUUUGAUGGACCCUCCGACAGAGGAAUAAUUUUUUAAAGUUUUUAGUUGGGAAACUUUUUCUUAUUGUAAUACGAAUGAGACAUUUUAUGAGUUAACAAACCUUUUCUGAUCA